AUGCUCCACACCGAGGACUCUAGCCUUGACCGGCGGAGAACGCAGUCUGGGCCGCGCCGCAAGCCUGAGGCGGGCGCUUCCGCUUCCUCCCAGCGAGCACACACACCUUAUCCGGGGUCCGAGCGAGGACAGCUCGCUCACGGUUGGCAGCUGGAGCGCCCGAGGCCUCCCCCAACUGCCACCCCGCCUCGACCGGCUGGACGCCGGAAAUGGCGUAUGUUUUGGAGGCUACGGGCCGGACGUGGCGUCAAUGGGGGCGACGCCUUCUCAUUCUACUUGCUCCGGUUUCAAGCCCGCCUUCUUUCCAGCGGCCCGCAGAAGGCGUCGGGUCUUAGGGCUCCGCAAGCGGAGCGCGCCCGGCCGGGCAGUGUAGAGAGCUCAGUGGCGCUGCGAAACGCGGAAGGCGAGCUGACGAAGCUCCAGAAAGUUAAAGCUGUGAGGUCUCCGUGUGCCCAGGGAAGGCCGCCUUCCCCGGGGUCUGCGCAGCCAUCUCUGCCGCCGUCUACCUCACCCGCUGCUCUCGAGUAG